CGGGCGGGAGAGAGACGACCUCAAUACAUUCGAGUUUUGUAAAACCAACCAACACUAGCCUUGCCCCAUUCCUCCACCCUCCAACCCCCAGAUUUAAUUCAGAGGAAUUGUCGAACGACAACGUUGACGGGAUUUUGCGUUGUCGAAAUCGUCAGGGUUUCACUACUACACUACUGCAUUGCAACGAGAUAUCAAGUAGUACUUCACAAUGGGCGUCGAAGAGCAAAAAGAAGAGCGCGAGAUCCUCGAGUCGAUUUACCCAGACGAAAUCACAGACAUCUCCCCCACCGAAUACCGAAUAUCCAUCGCCCUGGACAUCGAAAGCGAUGAUGCCACAGCAUUCGACCCCGACGACGAGGACUCCGCCGCCUCCAAACCAAGCAUAAACCUCACGGUCUCCUACCCGCCCGACUACCCGGACGAAGGACCCCGUCUCGACAUCUCGGCGCCGCCCAACGCCGCGAAGCACGAGUACCUCGACGUGCAGGAGGACAAGGCGCGGCUGCUGUCCGCGCUGUCUGACACGAUUGAGGAGAACCUGGGCAUGGCGAUGGUGUUUACGCUGGUGAGCACGCUGAAGGAGGCGGCGGAGCAGUUGAUUGCCGAGAGGGCGGGUGCGAAGCAGGCGGCGUUGGAGCAGGAGGCCGCGCGCGCCGAGGAGGAGGAGAAUAGGAAGUUCCAGGGGCAGGCGGUGACGCGGGAGAGUUUCUUGAAGUGGAGGGAGGGGUUUAGGAGGGAGAUGCAGGAGGAGGAGCAGAGGCGGUUGGAGGAGAAGGAGGAGGCGGAGAAGAAGAAGAGGGGGCCGAAGGAGGAGAAGAGGAUGUCGGGCAAGGAGUUGUGGGUUAAUGGGUUGGUUGGGAAGGGUGAGGAUGAUGAGGGGGAGGGGGACGGGAGGGAUGCUUUGGAGGGGAUGGAGAAGCUGGGGAUUGUUGAGGCGGCUUCUUGAGGGAGUUCGUGGUAGGAAAAAUAAUAUAUACCCCGCCGUUUGUACGCAAGG